AUGGAGGCUUAUAGUUCCUUUUUUAUAGUUCGAAGAAAGACUUAUGCGCUGGUAACAGUAGUUAGUUUGGUGGCAGCUACUUAUAUUUUUUGGCAAAAGCCGACCAGUUCUGCACCAGAAUAUAGGGACAAUAAAAAGCUGGCACCUCAAAAAAUAACUGCAACUUCUCGGUCUCGAAUUUUUUCACUGUUUGUUGUAAACACCACGAGCUUCUUUACCAACGCCACUCAGAGAUUUAUUAUCAGCGACUUCACCUACAGUCCAGGUUUGGGAAAUCUAAUGUUUCAAUACGCUUCUUUGCGAGCCAUAGCCUCAAGUCAUGACGCUCAAUUGGUACUUCCAGUAAGCUGUAACAGAAAAGAAUCAUUUUUCUAUUAUAAUACAGUAAUAAAAAAUUCAUCUUACCAUCUGUUUAGUUCAGCAGAACGAAACAUAGAGUUUUUGACUGGUUAUUUUCAAUCGUUUCGCUAUUUUCAUCCACACCAGGUGAGCUGCCAAAUUUCAAUUAUUUCGGGAUCAUCUGCUGCCUAUCAAACUUUUGAGAUUCGAGUGCCAAUGGCUACUACUUUUGUGGGGGUGCAUGUCCGGAAAGGUGUGGAUGUUACAAUGAAUGCCAAAAAUCUCGUUCAUGGUCAUACAAUUUUCCUUACAAUAAUCACCAGUGAUUACAGGAAAAAAUAUAAGAAUGUGCUUUUCCUUAUAGCUACAGACAAUCCAAGAUGGACAAAGAGGUACAUCAAAGCAAGAACAAAAGGUGAAAUUUAUAUCUUAAAUUCACGUAAACGAGAGGUAGACCUAGCUGUGCUGGCUCUUUGUAACUACACAAUUAUGAGCACCGGCACUUUUUCGUGGUGGGCAGCUUACUUGGCGAAAGGCGAUGAUGUUGUGUACUUUGCAGACUGGCCCUUGAAAAACUCUGUCUUGGACUUAAUGGUUGAAAAAUCGGAUUUUUUUUUGCCUAAUUGGCAUUCGAUGCCGUAG